AUGUUGAAGGCCAGCACUGCAAGCAAUCUGACAUGUCAACAUCUUCAUCUAAACAUAACAUUGUUGUGUAUUUGUGUGUUCAUUUUUUCUGCUUCAACAGCGAGAUUGAACACGACUGCCUCACUGCCAGGAGUCAAAGCGGUCAAGUUGGUGAAUGGAACCAAUCUCUGUUCUGGAAGAGUGGAGGUUCUCCACAAUGGAAUAUGGGGAACAGUGUGUGAUGAUCUGUGGGACUCUUUAGACGCAGCAGUGGUGUGUAGAGAACUGGGCUGUGGGAGUGUUAUAGAGGCAAAGAGUGUUGCUUAUUUUGGACAAGGUUCUGGACAAAUAUGGUUGGAUGAUGUCCAGUGCCGUGGGAAUGAAUCUACACUGGCAAACUGUUCAUCAAAUGCAUGGGGAUCACAUAACUGUGGGCACAAUGAAGAUGCUGGGGUCAUCUGCCAAGGCCAGGCACAAACUAGUGCAGCACCACAGACAGCGAGAUUGAACACGACUGCCUCACUGCCAGGAGUCAAAGCGGUCAAGUUGGUGAAUGGAACCAAUCUCUGUUCUGGAAGAGUGGAGGUUCUCCACAAUGGAAUAUGGGGAACAGUGUGUGAUGAUCUGUGGGACUCUUUAGACGCAGCAGUGGUGUGUAGAGAACUGGGCUGUGGGAGUGUUAUAGAGGCAAAGAGUGUUGCUUAUUUUGGACAAGGUUCUGGACAAAUAUGGUUGGAUGAUGUCCAGUGCCGUGGGAAUGAAUCUACACUGGCAAACUGUUCAUCAAAUGCAUGGGGAUCACAUAACUGUGGGCACAAUGAAGAUGCUGGGGUCAUCUGCCAAGGCCAGGCACAAACUAGUGCAGCACCACAGACAGCGAGAUUGAACACGACUGCCUCACUGCCAGGAGUCAAAGCGGUCAAGUUGGUGAAUGGAACCAAUCUCUGUUCUGGAAGAGUGGAGGUUCUCCACAAUGGAAUAUGGGGAACAGUGUGUGAUGAUCUGUGGGACUCUUUAGACGCAGCAGUGGUGUGUAGAGAACUGGGCUGUGGGAGUGUUAUAGAGGCAAAGAGUGUUGCUUUUUUUGGACAAGGUUCUGGACAAAUAUGGUUGGAUGAUGUCCAGUGCCGUGGGAAUGAAUCUACACUGGCAAACUGUUCAUCAAAUGCAUGGGGAUCACAUGACUGUGGGCACCAUGAAGAUGCUGGAGUCAUCUGCCAAGGCCAGGCACAAACUAGUGCAGCACCACAGACAGCGAGAUUGAACACGACUGGCUCACUGCCAGGAGUCAAAGCGGUCAAGUUGGUGAAUGGAACCAAUCUCUGUUCUGGAAGAGUGGAGGUUCUCCACAAUGGAAUAUGGGGAACAGUGUGUGAUGAUCUGUGGGACUCUUUAGACGCAGCAGUGGUGUGUAGAGAACUGGGCUGUGGGAGUGUUAUAGAGGCAAAGAGUGUUGCUUUUUUUGGACAAGGUUCUGGACAAAUAUGGUUGGAUGAUGUCCAGUGCCGUGGGAAUGAAUCUACACUGGCAAACUGUUCAUCAAAUGCAUGGGGAUCACAUGACUGUGGGCACCAUGAAGAUGCUGGAGUCAUCUGCCAAGGUGAGUCAAACACAUUUAUUCAUGGUCUAAUUAAUGAAACAAUGAAUACCCAAGGCUGGUCUAAGCAGGGUAGAGCAAAUAGUGGAGCUGAGGGACUGAAGAGAGCCAGCAAAGGUGGGGCCGAAGGACUGACUGGCUUGGGCAGAGGAGGUGGGAGAGGGAGGCUAGGUGGGCGUAUCAUUAGUGGCAACAAAAGCUUUGAGCUGAUUAGGACCGGCGGCGAUGAAGGAGACUUGAAGAUGGAAAGUACCAUCUGUGACGAAGAUGAGUUGGAACCCGAAUGGACCGGCGGAGACGGAGAAGAAGAGGAAGACUUGGGUCUGGGCAGACCAAAUGGAAAGGAGGGGACUUGGAUGCCGGACGGAACCAGUGGAGGAGGAAGGGCCCGAGCACAGGAAAACUUUGUAACUUUUGCCCAGUUGGUGGCAUGGGCUAAAUUAAUUGGCCUGGUCUCAAUGUCAGACAUUGAGUUUUGUUCCACUCACUUCAUGCUUGGAAUCUUUGCAGUUGACUUUCUUAGCAUGUUGAAGGCGAAUGGUUUAGAGAAUAGAAAUCUAAUUUUUGUUUACCAUCCGUUUGAAAAUCACUCUCAGUGUGGGAAAGACCAUGCAAAUGAAGAAAUCCCUUCUGGAACUCUAAUAGACUUUGUUCAUCUCUCUUUUUCUGUAACAGGCCAGGCACAAACUAGUGCAGCACCACAGACAGCGAGAUUGAACACGACUGCCUCACUGCCAGGAGUCAAAGCGGUCAAGUUGGUGAAUGGAACCAAUCUCUGUUCUGGAAGAGUGGAGGUUCUCCACAAUGGAAUAUGGGGAACAGUGUGUGAUGAUCUGUGGGACUCUUUAGACGCAGCAGUGGUGUGUAGAGAACUGGGCUGUGGGAGUGUUAUAGAGGCAAAGAGUGUUGCUUAUUUUGGACAAGGUUCUGGACAAAUAUGGUUGGAUGAUGUCCAGUGCCGUGGGAAUGAAUCUACACUGGCAAACUGUUCAUCAAAUGCAUGGGGAUCACAUAACUGUGGGCACAAUGAAGAUGCUGGGGUCAUCUGCCAAGGCCAGGCACAAACUAGUGCAGCACCACAGACAGCGAGAUUGAACACGACUGCCUCACUGCCAGGAGUCAAAGCGGUCAAGUUGGUGAAUGGAACCAAUCUCUGUUCUGGAAGAGUGGAGGUUCUCCACAAUGGAAUAUGGGGAACAGUGUGUGAUGAUCUGUGGGACUCUUUAGACGCAGCAGUGGUGUGUAGAGAACUGGGCUGUGGGAGUGUUAUAGAGGCAAAGAGUGUUGCUUUUUUUGGACAAGGUUCUGGACAAAUAUGGUUGGAUGAUGUCCAGUGCCGUGGGAAUGAAUCUACACUGGCAAACUGUUCAUCAAAUGCAUGGGGAUCACAUGACUGUGGGCACCAUGAAGAUGCUGGAGUCAUCUGCCAAGGCCAGGCACAAACUAGUGCAGCACCACAGACAGCGAGAUUGAACACGACUGGCUCACUGCCAGGAGUCAAAGCGGUCAAGUUGGUGAAUGGAACCAAUCUCUGUUCUGGAAGAGUGGAGGUUCUCCACAAUGGAAUAUGGGGAACAGUGUGUGAUGAUCUGUGGGACUCUUUAGACGCAGCAGUGGUGUGUAGAGAACUGGGCUGUGGGAGUGUUAUAGAGGCAAAGAGUGUUGCUUUUUUUGGACAAGGUUCUGGACAAAUAUGGUUGGAUGAUGUCCAGUGCCGUGGGAAUGAAUCUACACUGGCAAACUGUUCAUCAAAUGCAUGGGGAUCACAUGACUGUGGGCACCAUGAAGAUGCUGGAGUCAUCUGCCAAGCGGUCAAGUUGGUGAAUGGAACCAAUCUCUGUUCUGGAAGAGUGGAGGUUCUCCACAAUGGAAUAUGGGGAACAGUGUGUGAUGAUCUGUGGGACUCUUUAGACGCAGCAGUGGUGUGUAGAGAACUGGGCUGUGGGAGUGUUAUAGAGGCAAAGAGUGUUGCUUUUUUUGGACAAGGUUCUGGACAAAUAUGGUUGGAUGAUGUCCAGUGCCGUGGGAAUGAAUCUACACUGGCAAACUGUUCAUCAAAUGCAUGGGGAUCACAUGACUGUGGGCACCAUGAAGAUGCUGGAGUCAUCUGCCAAGGCCAGGCACAAACUAGUGCAGCACCACAGACAGCGAGAUUGAACACGACUGCCUCACUGCCAGGAGUCAAAGCUGUCAAGUUGGUGAAUGGAACCAAUCUCUGUUCUGGUAGAGUGGAGGUUCUCCACAAUGGAAUAUGGGGAACAGUGUGUGAUGAUCUGUGGGACUCUUUAGACGCAGCAGUGGUGUGUAGAGAACUGGGCUGUGGGAGUGUUAUAGAGGCAAAGAGUGUUGCUUAUUUUGGACAAGGUUCUGGACAAAUAUGGUUGGAUGAUGUCCAGUGCCGUGGGAAUGAAUCUACACUGGCAAACUGUUCAUCAAAUGCAUGGGGAUCACAUAACUGUGGGCACAAUGAAGAUGCUGGUGUCAUCUGCCAAGGCCAGGCACAAACUAGUGCAGCACCACAGACAGCGAGAUUGAACACGACUGCCUCACUGCCAAGAGUCAAAGCGGUCAAGUUGGUGAAUGGAACUAAUCUCUGUUCUGGAAGAGUGGAGGUUCUCCACAAUGGAAUAUGGGGAACAGUGUGUGAUGAUCUGUGGGACUCUUUAGACGCAGCAGUGGUGUGUAGAGAACUGGGCUGUGGGAGUGUUAUAGAGGCAAAGAGUGUUGCUUAUUUUGGACAAGGUUCUGGACAAAUAUGGUUGGAUGAUGUCCAGUGCCGUGGGAAUGAAUCUACACUGGCAAACUGUUCAUCAAGUGCAUGGGGAUCACAUGACUGUGGGCACCAUGAAGAUGCUGGAGUCAUCUGCCAAGGCCAGGCACAAACUAGUGCAGCACCACAGACAGCGAGAUUGAACACGACUGCCUCACUGCCAGGAGUCAAAGCGGUCAAGUUGGUGAAUGGAACCAAUCUCUGUUCUGGAAGAGUGGAGGUUCUCCACAAUGGAAUAUGGGGAACAGUGUGUGAUGAUCUGUGGGACUCUUUAGACGCAGCAGUGGUGUGUAGAGAACUGGGCUGUGGGAGUGUUAUAGAGGCAAAGAGUGUUGCUUAUUUUGGACAAGGUUCUGGACAAAUAUGGUUGGAUGAUGUCCAGUGCCGUGGGAAUGAAUCUACACUGGCAAACUGUUCAUCAAAUGCAUGGGGAUCACAUGACUGUGGGCACUAUGAAGAUGCUGGGGUCAUCUGCCAAGCACUGUGA